AUGGCGUUUCAGGAACAUAGUCUUCCUUCUCUGCCUCUUUUGCUCCACUCCCUGGAAGGAGGAUGUGUGCGGGGUGCUUGUGAGGUCGGCAGAAAACAGCACGAAGCUGUCAGGUACUGGAAAGGCAAUGGGCCACACCACGACCGUUGCUGUACUUAUGAUGAAAACAACGUCGUGGAUGGUGUUUAUCAUCUUCCAAUUGGACACUGGAUUGAGGCCACCGGGCACACCAAUGAGAUGAAGCACACAACAGACUUCUAUUUUAAUAUUGCAGGCCACCAAGCCAUGCAUUAUUCAAGAAUUCUACCAAAUAUCUGGCUGGGUAGCUGCCCUCGCCAAGUGGAACACGUAACCAUCAAACUGAAGCAUGAAUUGGGGAUUACAGCUGUAAUGAAUUUCCAGACUGAAUGGGAUAUUGUACAGAAUUCCUCAGGCUGUAAUCGCUACCCAGAACCCAUGACUCCAGACACUAUGAUUAAGCUAUACAAGGAAGAAGGCUUGGUCUACAUCUGGAUGCCAACUCCAGAUAUGAGCACUGAAGGCCGGGUACAGAUGCUGCCCCAGGCGGUCUGUCUCCUGCACGCGCUGCUGGAGAAUGGACACACCGUGUAUGUUCACUGCAACGCGGGGGUCGGCCGGUCCACGGCGGCCGUGUGCGGCUGGCUCCACUACGUGUUGGGCUGGAAGCUGAGGAAGGUGCAGUACUUCCUCGUGGCCAAAAGGCCAGCGGUCUACAUUGAUGAAGACGCAUUGGCCCGGGCACAAGAAGAUUUUUUUCAGAAAUUUGGGAAGGUGCGUUCUUCCAUAUGCAGUGUGUAGGUGGCCCAUCUCCCCCCACUCCUGAUUGCCUUUGGAAGCUGGGGUGACAGUAGUACAAUGAUCUAGGAACAAAGAUUCCACCUGAAGAGACAGAUCGCUGGCUUCUCCCCCAACCUGCCUCCUUUAGUCUGGGGCUGACUUUCUGUUACGCUUUGGUUGAGCUGUAUCGCCUUUGAAAUAUUUUACAAAGGAAGCUGUGACUGACACAUGAGAAAAGCUACAAGCGGCUGGGCUGUGCAGUGUUAUUCUAGCGUCAGAUAGAAAGGGAAGGCGUGCAGUUCCUGCUGCCGGCAAGCGGACCAGCCCUUUGCGUGAUAGACACUGCAUCUGUUGUAUUAUGAAGUCAUGACGACACUUGCUGCCUUGUAACGUGGCAUUCAGACGAAAGAUAGGAUGUUAUGUAGAUUUCAUCACUUGUAUGUGUAUGUGCGCGCACACACACACACACACACACACACUUUCAUACUGAGAUUAUAAAAUGAGAGCUGGUGAAUUGCCAAAGAUGGAUAUAAUGGUAGAAGUCUGGACUGUGACAAAGUAAGAGCUCAAUGUGACCAAAAUUGAUGGCUUUCUAGACGUUGUUUUGCAUCCUGCUUCAAAGUCUGUUCUGUUCCAGGGCAUCACCUUCCUUAUCUACCCACAACCCUGGGUAAUACUCAAAGUAGAGUUAUAAUGUCUCUAUUUGAUCGAGGCUCAAUGAACAUAGAUAGCUUGCCCAAGGUUUUCUGGCUAUUCAGGGAUGAACUGGAGUGUAUUUGACUCAGUGCUUUUUCAACACAACUUGUUUUGCCAGCAAACUGUAGUGAAUUCAGCUUCUCUAUCUCAGAGUAAGGUUGAUUUUCUGCAGCAGUUUCUUCCGUGAGAAAUGGAACAGCAUUCUGAUCAGUUGCCAAAGAAUUUAGGAGAGUAUAUUUUGAACAACCUAUUUUAAAACAUGGUGGGCUGUCUCAAGGCCAAAGUGGCCUGAGCUGUAGCUCACAAGAGGAACUAUACAGGGUGGGGCAAACCUAGUACAUGAAACAGUUUAUUCUUAUGUUAUUAUUUAUUAAUUAUUGUAUUAUUUUCCAUAUGAACAACUAUAAGCCUACUUUUGCCCACCCUGUAUUAUCAGAAAAGCCCAAAGAGCCCAAAUCCAUAUAUCAUUGUCCCCCAGCUUGGGAACGAUCCUGGUCCACACUCAGUUGAAUACAGUACGCAGUUACUGCACCUCCAGAAUUUGCAACUCACUACCUUACCCUAGACUCUACAGGAAACACAAAGAUGAACAAGACUUUGCCUUCCAAAGCUCAUAGCCUGGGAGCAGCCCUGUGUCCAAUCAACUAUGAUGCAGGAUUGAACUGUGAAUGCCAUGCUAGAACGGGGAGAGGGGAUGUAACUUUUGUUGGGUGCCUCUUAUGUGCUAGCUGUUUAACCAUCUUAUCACUUUUUAUCUUCCUAGUACCCUAUGAGUGAGGCUUUGUUAUCUCCAUUAUGGAGACCAGGAAACUAAGGCCCUGAGAGGCUAAAUCAACUGUGUAGGAUACGUGGUGAUUAAAUAGAUGAAAUGAGAUACAAAGCUAGGUUUGUCUGACUCAAAGCCCAUACUUUUCCUAUUAAACUCUGAUGCUUACUUACUUUUCCGCUCCUCUUUCCUUUCAUAAAUAUUUAUUGACAGACACGAGAGAGUCUGAUUUAGGAAGUAUGGGGUGUAAGAAGGAUAUAAGGUGAGCUCCAGUGGAGUUCAGAGGAGAGUAAGAUGUCUUAUGACUAUUGGACUCAGGGGAGGUGGCAUUUGAUUUGGGCAGAGAAGGCUAGACAAGACACAUUUCUCCCUCAAUUUUAUAGUUGGAUUUAUAAACCCAAGAUUGAGUAAUAUGAAGUCCAGCUCCCUUAUUAAAAGGAACUAGAGAUAGCUAUUGUAUUAAGUAACCCCUUUAUACUAAUAAUGUGUUGUAUGAAAUUUAACCUUAAAAAUGAAAUAUUUCUAACUAAUUAUGUAUGUAUGUGUUAGAGUGUUUGUGUGUGUGUGUGCGCGCACGCGUGUGUGUGUGUGUGUGUGUGUGUGUGAGAGAGAGAGAGAGAGAGAGAGAGAGAGAGAGAGAGAGAGAGAUAGAUAUGCCUAAGAAGUCAAGUGAUGUAAUUUCCAUUACAGAAAAACCUUUUUGGGUGGAUUUUUUUGCUCUGAUAGGCAAAAUUAUUUUAGGGCUAUUGAAUAAUAUUUUGGAAUAACCUCUCUCUUGUCUUCAAUGGAUAGAUGUCUAAUGUAUUUCAA